GGCUGCACAGGCAGAAGGGCUAGACAGACCAAGAAGCAGGACGGUGGUGUGGUCAUAUGGGGCAGCACGAAUGCACGCUUGACAGAGUCAAGUGUUUGGGAGAUGCAGGUGACUGCAGAGUCAGGAGGUGCCAGGGGCAGAACAGGGUGGAGGCGGUGCGUAGAGAUGGAGACAGAGACGUAACAGCUUCACUGUCUCCUUGUGUGCUGGUUGAAGGGGCCAGCCAGGAAGCUCAGGAGGCCCCUGCCUGUCUAGACCAGGAAAUACCAGAGUGAGGGCUGGGACAGGGUGCGGCUAGGCAGAGGGCCGGCAGGGAAGCGGGAGGCCCGAAGACCUCAGCAGUCGCCUGCUGUGGGCAGAGUGGGCUUGUGGAAGACAAAGCAGGUCCAGCUGCAGCCGACGGCCACAGGGACAGAGGUGACCUACCUGUGCAUGCCAGAACUGGCUGCACCCCACCCCACUGUGACACCGAGCCAGGCUGGGGAGCUUGAGGAGGCCAGUUCCUGCCGGGAACUUGCUGUGUGCUGCUGGGAGACUGCAGGUCCUGAAUGAUGGUGAGGUGUCUAGGACACCCUACACGGGCCGUUCCUGGGACACUCAGGAGCCAGAGCCGUGUCUGAGCAGGGACGAACAGAAGUCACCAUGUGCAGCCCAGAGGAGGCCCUGCUGAAGCUAGAGGAUGCCUUCCUGGCCAAGUUGGCCCUCAUCAACACCCACAUCCUGCAGCCUUUGCUCUUGGUCGACCCAGAGCCCUCAGAGCCCAGGGGUCAAGAGUGCCUGCAGCUCUUGCAGCAGCUGCACAGGAGCUCCCAGCAGCUGUGGCAACUGACCAAGCAGAGCCUGCAGUCCCUGCAGAGGAGGCUGUGCCAGCCACGCACCACUGGCCUGGAGUCCCUGGUGCUGCUGGGCAGUGCUGACCGCAUCCUGCAGGUCCACCUGGAGUACAUCGAGUCCUACACAAGCUGCGUGGUGGUGCAGGUCUUCCAGCAGGUGGCAAAGAGGAACAGAGAAUACUGGCAGAUACAGAGCAGGCUGCUGCAGAAGCACCUGUCUGGUGUGAGCUUCGAGGGCCCAGUGGAUGCCCUGCUGGGCCAGGCCCUGCACCAACCACUGGCACAGCACCUGCAGCAGUGUGUGCCCCUCCUGUUGCGCCUCAGGGGCACCCUCGGAGAGAGCCACCCUGCCUGGGAGCUGGUCAUGAAUGCCAUCACCCUCCAUGGGAACCUGCAGUCCUUCCUUGGGCAAGAGCUGGACCAGGCUGCAGCCACCCAGGCCCUGGGGCACAGCCUGAGAAACCACCUAAAGGACAUGCUCUGCACCCCGGCUCACCGCCUCCUGCAGGACAGCCAGGACAUCCCUGUGAGGGCCACACCCCUGCAGGCUGAGCGUGUGCUGCUCUUCGAUGACACCCUGGUGCUGCUGCAGGGCCCCAGUGUCCACUCCUUUGAUCUGAGGCUGGUGUGGGUGCACCCCGGGCAGGACAGGUGCACAUUCUGUGUCCUAACUCCCGAAGAGGAACUCUCCUUGAGGGCCAGGGACUCCCUGGGCCGGGCGGUGUGGCAGAGGAAAGUGAGCCAGGCUGUGUGCCAGGCCCUGCGUGGGAAGAAGGAUUUCCCAGUGCUGGGAGCCGGCCUGGCACCCUCUGAGCCCCCAGCCUGCCGCUCUGUGGCCUAUACCUUCUGUGCCGAGGGCCGCCUCUGUCGGGCCACCUACGAGGGCGAGUGGCGCUCAGGCAAGCCCCAUGGCAAGGGGACCUUGAAGUGGCCGGAUGGGCGGAAUCACGUGGGGAAUUUCCGCUGGGGGCUGGAGCAUGGCUUCGGCAUAUACCUGGUUCCCAAGGCCACCGAGGACACAUUUGACUGCUACAAGUGCCACUGGGAGGAGGGCCGCAUGUCCGGCUACGGCAUCUGUGAGUAUGGCUCGGUGGAGGUGUACAAGGGCUACUUCCAGGCCGGCCUGCGCCAUGGGUUUGGGGUCCUGGACAGUGCGCCACAGGCUGCCCGGCCCUUCCGGUACACAGGCCACUGGGAGAAGGACCAGAGGAGUGGCUACGGAAUCCAGGAGGACAGCAACAGGGGUGAGCGUUACAUCGGCAUGUGGCAGACUGACCAGCGCCAUGGCCCAGGCGUCGUUGUCACGCAGGCGGGAGUCUGUUACCAGGGCACUUUCCAGGCCGACAAGAUGGUGGGCCCCGGCAUCCUCCUCUCGGAAGACGACUCUCUAUACGAGGGCACCUUCAGCCGUGACCUGACCCCCGAGGGGAAGGGCAAGAUCACCUUCUCCACCGGCUUCACCCUGGAGGGCUCAUUUGGCAGUGGGACAGGGAGAGGGCUAUACACCCAGGGGGUGCUGGACACGGCUGCCCUCCCACCCGACCCCAGCAGCACCCGCAAGAGGCAGCUGGGUGUGGGCGCCUUCCCCGUGGAGAGCCGCUGGCUAGGCGUCUACCGCCCCUUCCAGGACUUUGUGCUGGCCGGCUGCCCCGGAGAGCUGCAGGAGGCCCUGCUGGGUUUCCAUGCACAGAGCCGACGGGAGCUGCGCCGGGACCAGCACUAUCUGAGCUGUGUGAGGAACUGCCCAGAGGACGAGGCAGGAAGGAUGGAGGACAUCCUGGAUGAGCUGCUGUGGUACCGGGAGCCCGCAGCCCUGCAGCAGUACCUCCGGAAGGCUCUGAGAUCUGCAAGGCACCCACUGGGGAAGCUGCUCCGUACCCUGAUGCUGACCUUCCAGGCCACCUACACAGGCCUUGGGGCCAAUAAGCACCUGCAGGGGCUGGCGCAGGAGGAGGUGAAACAGCAUGCCCGCGAGCUCUGGGCUGCCUAUAGGGGUCUGCUGCAGGUGGCCUUACAGCGCAAGGGCCGGGCCCCAGAGGAGGAGUCUGAAGACACAGAGAUAAGGGACAUGCAGGUGCAUGGACUGAUGCUGCCCCUUGUGCUGCCCAGCUUCUACUCAGAGCUCUUCACCCUCUACCUGCUUCUGCACGAGAGGGAGGAUGCUCUCUACAGCCAGGGCAUCACCAACCUCAGCCUGUUUCCUGACACCAAGCUGCUGGAGUUCCUGGACGUGCACAAGCACCUGUGGCCUCUCAAGGACCUCCAGCUGACCAGCAAUCAGCGGAGCUCCCUGGUCAGGGACAAAUGUUUCCUGUCAGCCAUCGAGUGCCUACAGAAGAUCAUCAACUGCUGCAGCACCACUGUGGACCCCCGGGAGAAGCUGGGCAUGCUGGAGAAGACGUGCCGCGAGAUCGAGGCCACGGUGUCCCAUGUGCUGGGCCGGGAACACAAGCUGCCCAUGGAUGACCUGCUGCCGCUGCUCCUCUAUGUGGUGUCACGGGCACGAAUCCAGCAUCUGGGGGCCGAGAUCCACCUGAUCCGGGACAUGAUGGACCCCGUGCACACGAGUGGCCUCUACGACUUCAUGCUCACAGCCCUGGAGUCCUGCUAUGAGCACAUCUGGAAGGAUAUGAGGCUGCGCCGCCUGCCUGGCCACUGGGACCUCAGGAGCCUCUGCUAGCUCUGUGCCUGGGCACACACCUCCUGCCCAUGCCUGGAGCCAGUGCCACGCACAGGGCGGGCCUGGGGGGUUGGUGCCUAGUUCUCUCAGGAGCGCCUCCCACUUCCCUGGCUGCAUGAGGGCAGGGGACAGGGUGCUGGCCUCCAGGCCAGUCUCUGAUGACCUCCGCACCUGGGGGCGAGGAGCCCCUGUUCCCUGAGAAUGUGCCCACGUGACCCUGUCUCUGCUGCCACAUACCUGGGCAGAAGGCUCCGUCCUACAGCAAGCUCUGUCCCCGGGAGUGUCCCUUAGGACACGCCACCUCCCCGGCUCUGCCCUGGGCCUGCUGGGUGUGGGCUUGGAAUUCAGGAGCGCAGUUUGCUCACCUGUCUCACGGAUUGGCCAAGCCUUACCCUCAGCAAGUCUCAAGUAGCCUGUGAUCCACCUGCUGUGGCAUCUGGACCUUCAGGGGACACAGCACUGAGCCAUGAGGCCAGCCUUGUUUCUAACUGAGAAGCACCUGUCGAGGCCAGCUUGAUCUUGGGGCAGCCCCGUUCCUGUAAGAAAGCCCCUCACACUGAGCCAAGGCUGGUUUCCCAGCAGCCUCAGGGCAGGGCCCCAGGGACCACCACGCCUGGCUGCGCUUCCAUGCCCUCCUCCAGAAGAACUGGGAAAGGUUUCUGGUCUGGUUCUACCCAGUGUGUCAGUCUGAACACAGGGCCAGAGCUCUGGUCCUGCCAGUUGCUGUGACAAAACAUCUGAGAAGAGUGACCUAGAGGAACAGAGGUUUAUUUUGGCUCAGGGUUUCAGACACUUCGGAGGCUUCAGAAGUUCAUGGUCAUGGUCAGCCAGCCCCGCUGCCUGCGGUCAGUGACCAGGCAGAAACAUGGCAGGCAGGCGGCUGAGGAGGGCUCCUCACCUCAUGGCAGCCAGGAAAGACGGGAAGACGGAGAGGGCAGAGAGGAGAGAAGAAGAGGGAGAGAGGAGAAGAGGCCAAGGACAAGAAACGCCUUCCCCUCAGCACCUCCAGUGGCCAUGCCCCUUCAGCCUGGCCCCACCUCCUGAGCCGAGCCUCACAGCUAGGCCAGGCUUCCUCCCUGUCUCCUAAGUGAACACUAUUUGAGGGGUGCUUUUCUGGAGCAUUACUACAGUUAGACCCUGCUUUUUCUUCCGUUUCAGCAAAGAGCCCAUUUUAUCUUUUAAUGGCAUCUUCUGCCUGUGGGUGAUGUCAUUAAAGGUCUCACAAAUG